AUUGGCAAUCCAUUUGGUACAGAUGCUCGACAGUUAUUGCGGUCUUUGAUGGAUGUGACUUGUUCCUUUCUGAGGAAAUCAAUCACGUAUCCGUUCGCGUUGACAUCCAUCUUAAUGUCUACGUUUGGCUCGAGUUUACCGGUUCGUGAUCUGAACGUUCGAUCGUCGUCGAUAUGGAGUUUACGAUCGACAAAAUGCAGCAGCUGGUGGCAAGUUCAUCAACUGUUGUGGUCAAGUGGAAACCAGUGGAGAGGACAGUAUUCAUUUUUCCGACUCUAUCGAGGCGCUUUGCAAUUGGGUUGGGAUGGACUUUAUUAUGCUGCACCGAUUUUGAGUCUUUGA